AUGGAUCCCGCUUAUAGAUCCACAUGCAGAACACAACUAACCAAGUUGUGUAAUAAUAUCGACAAGUACCUCAAGGUGGCCGAGGAUGUCACUGAGGAGGGCUUGAGCGUGUACGUGCAACGACUAAAAAACGCACACGCAAACCUAAAAUGUGCAGAUGAGCAAGCUUUGUCAGCGCCAUUUGGCGAAGAUGAAAAGGAAAGAGAUUAUGACGUAAUUAUUGAAUAUGAUGACCGUGCUGUAAGUACAGUCGCUAAGUUGGAAUAUAGACUGCACCGCAUGGCGAUAUCGGCUCAUCAGGCCAUUUCCACUCAAAACCCUAUAACGGGCCACAACGAGAGAGGCCUUGAAAAUGAGCGACAAACGGAAGGCAACAACAGUUAUAAGAGCUUCACGAAAUUAAAGCCAAUCGAGCUAAGGAAAUUCAACGGAUCGUUCGAAAAUUGGAUACCCUUUUGGGAGCAGUUUAAAAUAGCAGUGCAUGAAAAUAGCUCGUUAGAUGCAGUCGCAAAAUUUAAUUAUUUAAAUGAUGCUCUAACAGGUGAAGCAGCCGCAGUUCUUGAAGGUUUUAUUCCGUCCGAAACAUGCUAUAAAGAUGCCGUCGAGCUGCUACUCGAAGAGUAUGGAAGCACAGAAAAAAUAAUUGAGAGGUAUGUGCAAAAAUUGUUAAGUGUGAAGGCCGUCCAGUCAAACAAUGACGUAAGGGGUCUGCGCCAACUAUAUAAUGAAACGCAGGCAACAAUAAGAACAUUAAAGGCACUUGGAGUUUCCACGUCUCAAUAUGAGAUUAUGGUUAGUUCACUUCUUCUAAAAUCAAUUCCAGUUGACAUGCGCAUAGAAUAUCAUAGAGUACGCAAACGAGAGGAACUCUCGCACAAAGCGCUCAGUUCUACAGUAAUUGAGUCAAACGAUCAACUAACUGUACUUUUGGAGUACAUAAAAGUCGAAGUCGAAGCAUUAGAGAAAGCGCAACUGUCCGAAGUUGGAAAUAGGGAUAAGAGAGAACGAGACGGCAAGGAAACCAAAAUCACGCGAGCAGCUGGCAAUGCGACGGCAGUAGGGCUAUAUGCUGUCGAACAAGCGAAACAAAAACAAUGCAUAUUUUGCAAACGUACGAAUCACGACACGAAGGAGUGUAAAGAUAAGACAGUAGGCAUUGAGUUGCGAAAAAAGAUAUUGCGUAGUAAGGGAAGCUGUUUCAGCGGGCGGCACAUUACAGCUAUGUGCGAUGGCAAGGCAAAUCAGAAACAAGGCGGUGAACAAGAACAACACACAGAGACGGCGACACUCAGUACAAUGGUGCAUCGCGUAAACAAUGAGAUUUAUUUACAAACAGCCAAGGCGGUUCUUAUAAGUGGUGAAAUAAAGGUGUUGUCCCGGAUUAUAAUGGAUAACGGGAGCCAAUGCACCUACGUGACGGAACGUUUAGCAAAACAUUUAAAGUUGCCGGUCGUAGGUACGGAAAGAACUAGAAUCGUCGCAUUCGGCCAAACUGAUAAACAAUCACGGGCCACACAAUUCAAACGCACAAUUAUUAAUGUAAAGAGUCAGUACUCGGAUGAAACCGUGGAGAUUUAUGCAACUAUAGUGCCGAACAUAUGCGAAGAUGUAUUGCCUGUGCCGCGUUUAAAUAAACAAUCGAACAAAAAUAUGGCUGAAAGCAUUGUAGCCCAAGAAAAGCUAAUUCCAGGCAUUAAUUUACUGAUUGGUCAAGACAACUACUGGAAAUUUAAUAACAAUAAUCGUGAACUAUUAGCAGGAAACUUAGUCGCAGUAGAAACUUUCUUCGGUUGGACAAUACAAGGUCAUUAUGGGGAAGGUCAAGGCGAAUCAAGGUGCGUUUUAAAUAUUCUGGAGCAUCGCGAAGCAUUCGACAUUGAGCAAUUUUGGAAUUUGGAGAGUAUUGGCAUAUCGUCGUACUCCGAACCGCAAGCUGCAGUACAGGCAGCCGAAAUACGCCAUAUAGACGGGCGUUACUCAGUGCUCUUACCAUGGAAGCUUCCAAAGGACAAUUUGCAUGACAACAAACAAAAUGCAAAGAAUCGGCUAAGCAGUUUGGGCAAUAAAUUGCUCAAAAAUUCUGAUAAAUUAGAGGAAUACGAUGCUGGCAUCAGAGAGCUAUUGAGUAGUGGCGUGGCUGAAGCAGCGCCUGUUUUGGGUGAAACCCAGAAGGCAUACUAUAUGCCCCAUCAUCCGGUCUAUCGGCUCGACAAAGCGACAACUAAGGUGCGCAUUGUUUUCGAUGCCUCAGCCAGCGAACAUGGAGCUUCUUCAUUGAAUGAUCAUCUUAGCCCAGGUAUCAAUUUAUUAACAGAUUUAACUGCUGUUUUAAUAAGAUUUCGUUGCCAUAGAAUUGCUAUCGUUGCGGAUAUCGAAAAGGCGUUUCUGCAAAUAUCUAUAGAUGAAUCCGAUCGUGAUUACCACCGGUUCUUUUGGUAUGCAUCAGUAGCAUCUAUUGGCACACCAUAUCCGAAAAUUGCGGAGUAUCGAAUGACACGUGUUACAUUUGGAGUAACAUGCAGCCCAUUUUUAUUGACGUCAACAAUUCAGCAGCACUUGCAAAUGCAGGAUCCGGCGCAUGCAGCCAUAUGCCAGAAACUGCAAGACUCAUUUUAUGUUGACGACUUGGUAACCAGCGUGGCUACAUUAAGGGAUGCAGAGGAUCUUUACUACCAAUCAAAGAUCAUCAUGCAAGGCGCAAGCUUUAACUUGCGAAAAUGGAACUCUAACGAUGCAGAACUGAAAAGGAAAUUUAAAGAAACUGAUGUAAAUUUAGCAAGAGUUCAAAAGGUGCUUGGAGUCCAAUGGGACACUAUAACUGACGAAUUGAGCGUAGACAUAAAACCGAUCAUAACGUAUGUUCAGAGUCUACGUCCAACAAAACGCAACGUAUUACGAGCUAUGGCCAGAAUUUAUGAUCCAUUGGGCAUUCUCGGUCCAUUUACAAUAAACAUAAAAAUUUUACUCCAAAAGAUAUGGAAGGAGCAUCUAGAAUGGGAUGCAACACUCAGCACGAGACUAUCAGACGAGUUUAUGGCCUGGCGAGAGGAUAUGGCAUUGCUUGAAGACUUUUCCCUGCAGCGGUGUAUGGUGUCGGGGAAUAUGGCUGACCUAGAACUGCACAUUUUCGCUGACGCAAGCCCUGCUGCUUAUGGAGCCGUCGCUUACUUAAGAGAAGUGGGGAUGAAUGGCGAAAUACAAAUAAAAUUUGUUUGCUCAAAAAAUAGAGUAAGCCCAAUCAAAGAGAGUAGUGGAGCCACCUUACCGAAACUUGAACUUACGGCAGCAGUGGUGGCCUCUAGACUUGCUCAAUAUCUAAAGAAGGAGCUAAAGCUCGGCGUCUCUUCGACCUACAUGUGGUCGGACUCAAGCAUUGUGCUAAACUGGAUUUCAGGAUGCGGGCAGCCAAUGUCUUCAAUUAAAUCAAAGGUGGCCGAAAUAAACAAACUCACAAAUAUAUACGAGUGGCGACAUUGUCAAGGAAAUUGCAACCCAGCUGAUCUUCUGACACGCGGUAUAACAGCUAAAAGGCUCCUAGGAUCAGAACUUUGGAAGCGAGGCCCAAAAUGGCUUGAAUUGACAAUCCACGAAUGGCCAACCAUAAAUACAAUUUUAACUGUCGUAGGGGAGAAAGAAGACGAUCUUGGCAGCAAAGCGGAACCACUAUUUCCUGUUCAACGAUAUAGCACACUGCGAAAAAUGCUUAGGGUGACCGGCUUUGUGUUACGUUUUAUAGAACGUCUCCGAAAACGCACAACUAACGGAGUAGACACACACAACGAGAUCAACGAGGCGCUAUCAUUUGCAGAGCUACAGGCAGCCGAGCUAUAUUGGAUUCGUUUUAUACAAGGAAAAGAAUUCUUACCCGAAAUUGAAGCACUGAAAUCCGGAAAAGACUUGCCAAGAGACUCAAGGAUCAUCUGCUUAAAUCCAGCCAUGACUGAUGGAGUAUUGAGGCUUACAGGGCGUUUACCCAACCAUAAUUUUGAAACGCUAUAUAAUCCAAUAAUUUUACCGAAAAAUUCACAUUUUUCAGAAUUGCUUAUUAGAGAUGCUCAUCAGAGAAUAAUGCAUUGUGGUAUAAACGCUACAUUAACACAAAUUCGCAAACGAUUUUGGAUAAUAAAAGGGCGCCAGCUGAUCAAGAACGUACUGGGCAGGUGUGUGGUGUGCAGACGGCUACAUGGCAAGAGCGCAUCCGAACCUUGGACAACUCUACCAACGAAUCGAUUGACUACAAGCAAGGCAUUCGAAACAACAGGACUGGAUUUUGCUGGUCCGCUUUAUAUAGCAACAGAAGAGGGACCAAGCAACCGUAAAGUCUACAUUAUGCUAUUUACUUGCGCUGCUAUACGCGGUGUACAUUUGGAGCUGGUAGCGGAUAUGACUGUCGAAAGCUGCAUAGGUGCGCUUCGUAAAUUUGUAGCAAGGCGAGGACCGGUCAAAACUAUAAUAUCCGACAAUGCAAAGACGUUCAAAAGAGCCAGCCUGGAACUGCAGAAACUGGAGAAGUUGAUGGAAAACAGCAAGAUUCAACAAUAUGCGGCCAAUGGAGGUAUAAAUUGGCAGUUUAUCCCAGAACGAGCAGCCUGGUGGGGCGGAUUCUGGGAAAGACUUGUGCGCACUGUAAAAGGCUGCCUAAGAGCUGCCAUUGGAAAAGCUAGCCUUAGCAAAACAAGCUUGGAGAUACUGCUCACCGAAGUGGAAUGCGUAGUUAACCAAAGACCUCUUACGUACAUCACCACUGACUCUAACGAUUUAGAGCCUCUCACACCAGCUCACUUUAUGGGAGAGGCCAAACUACUAGGUGGUGAAGGCUUCACGACAGAUGGAAGCAAUUUGGCGCAAAUGUGGCGCCACAGAACCAAUUUGAUGCAGCGCUACAUAAAGCGUUGGCGCGAGGAAUACCUCGCUCAAUUACGAACUCUUUAUUUUAACAGGUCAAAACCGAGUCGAAGCUUAACUGAAGGUGACGUCGUACUGGUGCACGAUGAUAAUCAGGCGCGACUACUAUGGAAACUUGGUGUAGUAGUCAAAACAUACACUGGACGAGAUGGAAGAACUAGAGCUUGCGACAUCAGAUCAAAGAAUCAACAAAUCCUGCGCCGGCCUGUUCAACUUCUCUACCCUUUGGAAAUCCAAUCGAGCUUGCCGGGGCCGAGGAUGUGAAAAUUUACUAACAAAAUACCCAAAAUAAGCACACAAGAACUAAUCGUUUCAUUUCAAACGUUCUACUUUGUAAACCUUACUCUUAUACUCAUACACACGAAUAAUAACUAAUACAAAUAUCCAUUGUACAUAUAAAACUAGUAAUAUAUUUUUUACAUAUGUAUCUCACGAAUUUA